AGGGCAAAUGAAAGAAAGGGAAAAAGAGAAAGAGAAGGAAGCAAGGAGGGAGGGAGGAAAGGAAGGAAGGAGGGAUGUGAAGCAGCAAUGAUAGAAUGUAAGGGAGGAGGCUACUUUAGCUUGAGCAGUCCAAGAAGUCCUAUCUGGAGAGAUCCCAUAUGGUAUUAGAGAAGAAUCAAUCACUUUGAGACCCGGGAAAAGUGCAUUUCAGACAGAGUUGCAGCAAGUACAAAGUCCCUGGGGUGAGAAUGAACACGGCAUGUUAAGCAAAGGAUCAGGGAUGACGGACAUGGAUAUCAUGGUAGUACGAGAUACUACUUUUGUCUCCCUCCUUCAGUCUGCAACUAGUAAAACAUAACUCAACAAAGGUUCCUCUGCCCAACUCACCAGGAUGCUGGAGACAUCCACACAUCUGUACAUCUGAAGAUAAGUAGAUUGGAACAAAUAGAGGAGGUGGAAUCAAGGGCACAGCAGAGGCGGUACCUGCAAUCCUGACUCCCUAGCCACCGAGGCUGAGCCAGCAUUCCCAAAGGACCCCGUCGUAACAGAAGAGGUAGCACCCAUAAAUUCAGCCUCCCAAUCCAGCAGCACCCACAGACAUAGGGAACCAGAUAUCAACCUCAGCAAUGUCCAUGACCUCGGUCCCUCCUGCCAUGGUGGUGCCUGGACUCUGGCACUCCUGUGCUUGACAGCCCCAGAUGCCCUGAAGGCACCCACAACCCUGGGUCCCAUCCUACCCUCCCUCUGCUCCUUCUGUGGCAGUGGUGCUUACCACCCAGGCAACCCUGGACACUUUGGAGGUGCCCAUCCUCCUGAUGCCCCUGGUAGUGACACCAGCAAGAACAACAACACUGGCAGCAGCAAAGCACCAGAGAUCCUGGAUGUACAAGUAGCAAUGAUGAGGGCAUCUGUGACACCUCUGGCAGAGGCAGUAGAGGAUGGAAAGCCAAUUUUCAAAUAUAGCCAGAGGCAACUCAGAUAAGAGAAACUAAAAACUUGCACUAUAACACUUCCUACUGAAAAUAAAAGAAAGACCUGUAAUAACCAACUUGCUGGGUUGUUAGAUCAAAGUGAAAAAACUUCACUUAAAUAAAAAAGGUGUCUGCUCCUUCAAAAGUGCCAGCAGAGGAACAACUCAUUAAGCACCAUGAAAAACCAUGGUAUGAUGGCAUCGCAAAAAGAAAAUGGCAAUUCUCAGGAAACCAAACUUAAAGUCAUGGAAGACUGACAUAGAACUGAAAAUAGCUGUCAUGAAGAAACGCAGUGAGCUGCAAGAAAACUCAGAAAGGCAGUUCGAUGAGCUCAGGAAUAAAAUUAAUGAACAUGAUUUUCUUUUGUGUGGAAAGGCUCAUUUGAGCCAUAUAUUAGAUUCCAGAUAUAAGUGAUAUCAUAUGGUAUUUGUCUUUCUGACUUACUUCACCCAGUAUGAAAGCCUCUAGUUCCAUUGAUGUUGCUGCAAAUGGCAUAAUUUUGUUCUUUUUUGUAGCUGUCAAAGCCACCUUCUCAGGGAGGUCAUUCCUAGCCAUGAAACUCCCUUUUUCCUUCUUCUUCUCUGUGAGUCUUUGGUUUUUUCCUUGGCACCUAUCAAUACCCGAUAUACUAUAUAUUUUAUGUGUUUACCAUUUUUUUUUUUUUGGCCUUGCCUGCAGCAUGUGGAAGUUCCACGGCCAGGGAUGGGAACUGUGCCACAGCAGUGACCUAAGCCACAGCAGUAACAACUCUGGAUCCUUAGGCCAAUGUGACACCAGGGCAUUCCUGUAUUUACCAUUAUUGUUGUCUGCCUCCGCUACCAGAAUUAACCUCUAUGAGGACGAGGAUUUCUGUUCACUGCUAUAUUCUCAAUUCCUAGAGCAGUACCUGGCAUGUUACAAUAGUUUAAUAAGUACCUUUGAAUAAAUAAAUGAGGGCAGGAAGGGAGAUGGUGAACAAGCCAUGUAAGCUAAGCUUUGAACCAGGCACUUUAUAUAUAGAUUAUCUCCUGCGUGGUGGUGAUUGUCCCUAUGUUACAGGUGAAGACAUUGAGACCUUAGGAGGAAAACUUGCCUAAGAUCAUGAAGUUAAUCAUUAGCAGAGCUUAUUUUCAAAGUUGGGCCUCUCUGGCUCCCUCUACACCACAAUGUUGCCUUGUGGAAAGCAAGGUCACAAUGACUUGAAAGGGGGUUCAAGGGUGAGGCUGUUGCUUAGCAGCUAGGCUGAGUUACACCCUUCAAUUCCUUGGUUAAAGUCCACUUGUAAGAGUGGUCAGUCAUGGAGACAAUAUGGGAGAGACUGAGGAUUUUAAAAAGUCCUUCUGAGGGGGAGCUCUGGUCCAGAAUUUCUUGGAGAUCAUCAAAGUCCAUGCCACCGGCUCUACCCAGGAAUGCGAAGGGAAACACAACGAUGCUACAGAUCACCCAGCCAUUCCUUUGGGACUUUGAUCAUGAGUGGCUGGUUAACUACUCUUUUGGAACAUGUCAACAGAGGAAGCUCUUUCCUCACUUCUAUCCCCCAAAUUUGUUGGGGAACAAGUUUCUCCCUCUCAGAGGAGCACCCCACCGAGGUCCUGGAUGUUACCUAACAGAAGAUAGCUAUGGCUUGGCAUACAACCUCUCUAAGAUCCCGACCAGUAAAAAAGGAUAUACUUUUGGAGCCAGAACAGCCGUGAGGUUUGAGCCAAUCAGCAAGGAUAUGACACCUUACCCUGGCAUGUACCAGACAGUCAGUCCUCAAGAGCAAAAACAUAAACAGAACUUUGGUCCAUUUAAUUCCUUGUUGCCUCGAUUUAAGACAGACUCAAAGGACACUUAUCCUGGCCCUGCUACAUACAACCCAGAGAUAAAGCCAUCCCGGAAAGUCUCCUGGCCGAUGAAAUUUGGAUCUCCAGACUGGGCUCAGGUUCCAUGUCUACAGAAAAGAACCCUGAAGGCUGAGCUGCCCACAGACAAAGACUUUAGGAAGCAUCGGAACCGCGUGGCCUACCUAAGCCUGUAUUACAACUGAAAACCUGUGACUGCCUUCGCUUGCUCCUCCUGAGCACAGAACCUCCACCACUGAUGAGAGGCUCCUGUCUUUCUGCGUUGUUCUGGCCCUCUUGUCUGCCAGCAGGGGGCGCAGGGAGGGGCCAGGGCUCCUAACUAGCACAUGACGCCAUAAAGACGAGUUCAGAGGGCUCUCUCUCCCUGUGCUGGUGGUUUGUCGUAUGCACACAAAGAUGGGUCUGGGCUCCUCCUGAGUGUUCAGUGGGGUGGCUUUGCUUUCCUGAAAGACCUGUGGGUCCCGCCUCUAACUCUUAGUCCCAGGCACGAGUUUUAGGUUUCCUACCACUGGCCUGGUGACAGGAGACUGUUGGUCUCUGCAGAUCAAGGAUUUGGAUGGCUUGCUCGGGCUCGUAUUUGGACUUGCUGGAUGCAGAGGAUAUUAAGACAGUGUUAACAUUUCGGUUAGUUAUGGGAGUGUGAUGCUGAGAGACCUAAUGCCUUAAGGGCCAGGAUCUUCUGAAGAAUAAUGGCGAAAGAAAGGUCCACUGAUCAAACGAGAAUAUGAAGAUGAAGAUACCCCAGUCUAAAAACUUCUAACCCACGUAAAGCCUUCUUUCAAUCUGAUGAUUUAAAAUUUUCUAUUACCUUGUCAAGAAAUUUUCUAAAUUUUUAUAACAAUUGAUUUAUUACAAUGUUCUGUCAAUUUCUGUUGUAAAGGGGCCCAGUUUUAUAUA